CCAGAGUCUCUCUUUCUUGUCCCCCCCCCUUCUCUCUUUCUCUCUCUCUGCUCAUCAAUUUGAGCUUCUGGGAUCGAACAAGACGGUACAAGCUAUUUGGUUUCAAAGCCAUCCAAUUUUGACCGCAGAUCUUGAAAGAGAGUUCCCCCCCGAGUAUUGUUUAAUUAAUUCCUCAACAUCUGUUGGGGGUUGUUUGGUCGGUAAAAUCGAAGAUCUCGAUCGAUUCAGGGAAAUUCGUUGGUGGGUUUUGGUGGGUUUUCGAUUCUCUUCGAUUGGUGAAAAGGGUUUUUUGUUUUUGCUAAGUAAUUGGUUAGUUGGAUGGUUUUUUGUGUUUUUGUGAGUAAAUGGUCUGGGUUGUAAACUUGGAUGAUUUCUGUGGGGAGUAGAGAUGGGAGGAAGGGGGUAGGGUUAGGGUUUGGUGCUGAUUCAGAUAUGGAGGAAACUGAGCUUGAAGAAGGCGAGGCUUGCUCUUACCAGACCGAUGAUUAUUCUACUAUUGACCCUGAUGUUGCUCUCUCUUACAUAGAUGUGAAAAUUCAAGAUGUUUUGGGGCAUUUCCAAAAAGAUUUUGAAGGUGGAGUUUCAGCUGAGAACUUGGGGGCAAAAUUUGGUGGGUAUGGUUCAUUUUUACCCACAUAUCAGCGCUCUCCUGUUUGGACCCAUCCAAGGACUCCAACAAAAGUUCAUAACUCCAACACACCCGCAUCCCCAAACAAUCUACACCUGGAGGGUGGCCAUCGGAACUCUUUAGUUCCAUCAAGUACAUCUCUGUUGGUGAGACAUGGACAAGCUUCUGAAACUGCUGCAUCACUGCCUUUAGUGAGGGCAUCUUUGAAUGAUUCUGCAAAAAGGGACGUAGGGGAAUUGACUUCAGCAUCUGAAAUUGGGAAAAAAUAUGUGCAGCCUUCUGACCAGAAGUCACUGAAAGUUCGUAUCAAAGUGGGUUCUGAUAAUUUGUCGACUAAAAAGAAGGCUGAAAUCUACAGUGGGCUUGGCCUUGAUAUAUCUCCCGCUUCAUCAUCAGACGAUGUACCCUCUGACAGUGAAGGGUUUCCUUGUGAACCUCAGGAGGGACAUGAUGAAUCCCCUACUAGUAUUCUUCAGAUUAUGACAUCAUUUCCGGUGCAAGGCAACCUAUUGUUGUCCCCACUUCCUGAUGAUCUACUUUACUUGAUGGAGAAGGAGAGAAGUCAUGGGGAAAGUAAACCUAGAUCAUUGCAGAAGGGGGGCAAAGAAAGUUCACAUCGAUCUGAUUCUGCUAGGAGUGAGGACAAAGUUGUUGGUGUCAAGAAGCCAAAGUCAUUUGAGAAAAAUGCCUACUCGGUUGAAUCGAAGAACCUCAAUAAUAAGGGCACUCAAAAUGGCAAGGGCAUUUUGUCGAAGAAAGAAACUGAAAUUCAGACUGCAGAUUGUGAAGUACUUGUAGCUAAUGCUCUGAAGCUUCCUCUUCUAUCUGACUCAUGUUCUAAUGUUGACGAGUCUACAAAGCAUAAUGCUAGAGCAGUUGAUGACUUCAUGGUAGUAAAUAGUGUGAAAGAAGACUCCUUGGAUGCAGUAUCCACCCAGGAGACUCGCUUGGUUGAGAAGCCUAGUGGAAAAGCUGCUUCAGCCGGUAAGGUUUGGGAAGAGACGAGUGCAACUUUGAAUGGAGACAUUUCAGUUUAUCCAAGGAAAGAUGGUAGUGUCAAAGGAGAAAAAUGCGAUGUUUCUGUCAAAUGUGACUUAAAUGUUUCAAAGGGGAGGAAAGCCGAGAAUGCUGAACCUAUUGAUCCUUUAGAGCAGAAGAUUAGCACGAAGUCAACCUCUCUUGAAAGGGAUGACAUGAAACUGGUUUCUGGGAAGGAGAAUUCAUCUUCUGGGGGUAAAAAGAAAUCAAAAGGACGUCAAAAUCAUAGUACCAAAGGCACAGAGAUUCUGAAAGACAGCUCAAGGAUGGAUUCUUCUUCUGUGCCCAAAAAUAGGAAGAGAACACAAGCUGAUUCUUACUUGCCUGACAGUGAAAUGGAGGAUUCCAAAGUACAGAAGGACGAUGGAAAGGCAAGUGAUAGGUACAGAGAUUUCUUCGGGGACAUAGAACUAGAAGAAGGAGACAAUGAUGCAGAUUCAGUAGAAUUGCUUUCAGUUGAUAAACCAAAGGACUUUGAAGCAGUUGAGAAAAGCACAUUUGCAUCUAAUAGUAUGUUGAAACUAAUUCCCAAUGGCAAGAAAACGGAUGAGCGAUUAGCAUCAAAUGCAUAUUCAAAUGCAGCUUCGAGUGCAGCUCCAGUGGCUGGUAAUGGUUCCAUUUCUGAUGCAGGUCCAGGAACAUCAGCUCCUCUAGUAAAAGAAGAUUGGGUUUGCUGUGACAAGUGUCAGAAAUGGCGGCUUCUUCCACUUGGUACAAAUCCUGACAGCCUUCCUGAGAAGUGGCUUUGUAGCAUGCUUUACUGGCUGCCUGGCUUGAACCGGUGUAAUGUAAGCGAGGAUGAGACUUACAAAGCACUAACUGCUCAAUACCAAGUUCCUGGCUCUAUGAAUCAAAAUAAUCUGCGAGGUCAUCCUCUACCCUUGGCUGAUGCGAAUGAUUUUGAACAAAACCGCCAAAGUUUCGGUGUGCAUGCCAUGCUGAGCGGUGGAAAGAAGAAGAAUGGAAUAAAAGAUGUAUCGGGUCCAUUGAGCCAAGUUGGUCCUACACCUCUGAAGAAGAAUCUUCAGCAAGCAGUGAACAGUGAUAGCCUAAAUGGCAUGGACAAGUCUCCUCCAGCAAGCGAUAUUGAACCUACGCAUUUAAGCAAGUCUACUAUUGUGGAAAAACCGAGACAUAGACCAAAAGAGAAGAAUAAACCACUUGAGCAAAAUUCUGAUGGAGGUGAAACUAGGUCCUCCAAGAUCAGAAGCAAAAGGGACAAUGACCAAGAUUGUUUCAGAGAUUCUAAGAAGACAAAGAUAGAUAAUGGUGUGGAUUGUAUUGAUGCUGAUCUGCCUGAUCAUGAUGGACCUGCGGGGAAGGUGGGUCCUAGUUCAAGUAGUGGUUUGUCUGUAAAUGCAUCAGGGAAGGACUUGCACAACAAUGGGGACCAUUUUUCCAAGGAUGGGAGGUGUGAGGCAAAUAACAGCUCUAAAGGUGCUCGUAGGAAACCACAAGACCAAGUUCAGGUUACCUCAGGUGACAGAUGUCUGGAUAUUGAAAAGGAAAAUGAUAAAGAUUUGGUUGCAAGGAAGAGGAAAAUGAAUGGAAGUCACGAGAGGAGCGGUUUUCUUGAACAGACGAGUGAAAACCUCCACAAGAAGGAAAAGAGGGCAAGGGUUUCUAAGUCAGAAGGGAAGGAAACUAGUGCAAGUAGAAAUUCUGAUGGAUCAGCCCGAAAAGGUAGAAGGACAAAGGACCAGCAAUUGGAGCCUGAUCUCACUCAGAGGAGCUUGGAUGCUACGGAUUCUUUGAGAAGGGAUUCAGGAUCAUUACAACCUUCUCAAGCAGCUACUUCAAGCUCUUCGAAGGUUUCUGGCUCCCGUAAGAGCAAAAGUAAUAUGCAGGAAAGGAAAAGCUCUCCAGUAGAAUCAGUUUCUUCUUCUCCGCUGAGGUUUUCACAUCCAGAUAAAUCUGCACUAACGGGGAGGAGCCAAGACGGGACAAAUGGUUUUGGAAAUGCUGGUUUAUUUGCCACUGGUACUCCAAGAAGAGGCACAUCCGGUGAUGAUAAGGGGAGCAAUCGGUCCAAGACAGUUGGAAAGGAUGAAAUUUUUGUUACCAAUCGGGAACCCCUUGAUUCCUUUGUGGUUGAUUUUCAGGAGAGAAAUAUGGGUCAGUUAGCUGGUAGGGAAGCUAAAAUAGAGAUUUUGAAGUCUGCUGACUUUGCCAAUGGUGGUACUGAUACCUUAGGGAAUGGCACUCACUACCCUAACAAACCACAGGCUUCAGAUCAACACUGUGAUGAAAAAAGAGGGAGUGACAAGCAGUAUCAUGCUAAUGUCUCUCGUUCAAGGAAGUCUGGGAAAGGUUCCUCGUCGCGGUCUAGGGAUAAGAAUGGGAGCUCUAAAUCUGAACUUGACAAGGGUAAGGUCAAGAUUUCUGAUUCUGGCAACGGAUAUUUUGUCCACAUGCCUUCUCAUGGAGAAAAAUCGAGGGCUGGAAAAAAUAGGGUGCAGGAGAACUUUGGAGCUAAUUCAGAUAAGGCUUUUUCGGGAAAGAAAGAGCCUGAGGGUAAAGUGGUGAGGGAGAAUUGUAAAAGAGAGAAUCAAUCUAAAUUUGGCGAGGUUGGCAGUUCGGAUGUUAAAGUAGAAUCUCUCUCUGACAAAACAGAUAGGGUUGAAGUCUUUGGGAGAGGGAAGUUGCAUACUUUACCUCCAUCCGGAAGAGGUCAAAAUGAGUUACCAACACAUUCUCUAUCUUCAAAUCCUGGAUCCAAGAAAGAGGGCGGAGGAAAUGGAUUGUUAAAUGAUGCUUCUGAGGGAGGUAAUGCAUUGAAGGCUCCGAAGCAGAAUCACAAGUCUGAUGACCAGAAUGGAAAUCAGCUCAUUAAAUCUAGACAUCCCACUGUUAAUGGCCAUAGGGUCAGGGAUGCAGAUGCUCCAAGUCCUGCCAGAAGAGAUUCCUCCAAUCCGGCUACCAAUGCUGUGAAAGAGGCGAAGGAUCUUAAACACCUGGCUGAUCGCCGCAAGAACUCUGGAUCUAGUGCUGAAAGUACAAGUCUUUACUUCCAGGCAGCCCUUAAGUUUCUUCAUGGAGCCUCUUUAUUAGAAUCUACCAAUGGCGAGAGUGCCAAGCAAAGCGACCUGAUUCAGUCAAUGCAAAUUUAUAGUAGCACAGCAAAACUCUGCGAGUUUUGUGCCCAUGAAUACGAGAAAUCUACGGACAUGGCUGCUGCUGCUCUGGCCUACAAAUGCACGGAGGUUGCAUACAUGAGAGUAAUUUAUUCCUCACGUUCUGGUGCAAACAGAGAUCGGCAUCAAUUGGAGGCAGCUUUGCAAAUAGUGCCUCUUGGUGAAUCUCCUUCUUCCUCUGCCUCCGAUGUUGAUAAUGUAAACAGCUUAGCAACACUGGACAAGGUUCCCUUAUCUAAGGGUGUUAGCUCUCCUCAAGUUGCUGGAAACCAUGUUAUUUCUGCACAAAACCGCCCCAGCUUUUCGCGGCUGCUCCACUUUACUCAGGAAGUAAAUUAUGCAAUGGAAGCGUCAAGGAAAUCUCGAUUAGCUUUCGCUGCAGCAAAUCUGAGAAAAGAAGAGGCCCAGUACAGGGAGGGUAUACCCUCUGUAAAAACGGCUCUUGAUUUUAGCUUCCAAGAUGUAGAGGGAUUGUUGCAUUUGGUACGGGUAGCAAUGGAAGCCAUUGGCCGUUAGAUUUCUCAGCCGUAUUUGAAAUUUUGCGAACCAUAUGACGAUAUUUUGUUACUUUGGCAGUCUUGCCUAUUUUGUUCCCGAAAGGAGGAAGGAAAGAGGAUUAUGUGGAUCUUUCUUAUACAUCAGCAUCACCUGUUAAGAAACGGGUGUUGCCAGCUCACUGCCUUUCUACAUCUGUACCGAGCGAGUAAAAUAUAGGAUUUCACGUACUUCGCAGCAAUGCUUCACCUGCUUUCUGACACAAAUUAAAGGCCAAAAAUGUUCAAUGGAUUUUUGUUAUUGAUUGAGGCUUCGGAGGAUGACACGUGAAUAUAGAUGCCCAAAACACGGUUGAUUGGAACUACAGCUACAGAGGAGAAUAAAUGCUUGUGAAAAAAUAAGAGGGAAAACCCUGUCUAGGUCAGUUCAUGAUCUAUUGUUUUCUAGCUUUUUAACAUUUCGCUAGGGAGUUUGAGGUAUCUCUGGCAAUUGUUUAUUUUUUAUGUCUAUCUGGGGGAAAGUUAAUGGAAGGGAACUUGAGCUCAUCUUGCCAAAAAUGACCCACUGUUGUACCUGGUUGGAGCACAUUUUGAGAGGUUGAAGGGACAGUGGUCUCAGUCUCAGGUUUUUACAGUUCUCUGGUUUUGCAAUGGGGACAGUUUGCUCAGAUAGGCAGUAGGAAGCAGUUAGGAAGAGAUUAUGUAUUGUACAAAAAGAAAUUUGUAGUGUGCAUAUAGUUCCCACGUUGUGGGUUUUCUUAUCUACCUUUGUAAAGUGGCUAUAAUGUAAAUACCAAAAUUUUUCCAGUGCUUCAAUGUUGCUGAUCUAUCAGGGAGAAGAGAGGGCCAACUGCUAGAUUCUGCAUCAGCAUCGGGUUAUGAACAAUCGGGAUUCAUGAGUUGUUUGCUUCAUUUUCUUCUAGGUCUUUUCAGCUGUUACAUUGUUUCUGCGCUUUAGCAGAUUUUGUACAGUAGAUAAGCGAAUUCUUGAUCCCUAUGUAUCAUUCUGUUUACUUACUCAUUGCAAGUACAACGACGACCCCGAUUUGUUUCAAGUCAUCAAGUAAUGGAAUUUUAUAUCAAAAAGUUGCUACA